UCCUUCAAGUUUCUGUUGACAUUAUUAGCAGAAAGAGGUUUGAAGGGAACGGAGGAAUUGAAUGAAACAUGAGAUUUCUGCGACAAGGGACUCUGAUUCUCUUUACUGACAUCGAAUUGAAGCGAGCGAUUCAACAACACAGCUUCAAGAUUGCACCAGGAAUCACGCUUGAAUCCUCCGACUCCCCAUUGACAAAGGCGGCGUUGUCUCAAAUCUGGAGCUCCGGUGUUCUAAACGCAUUUGGGUACUGAAGAAUACUCAUCUUCCUCUUCAGGGUAUCAACAAAUUUUCGAAAAUCACGAGGGUUUUUGAGAGCAAAAAUGAAAGAUUUCAGUGUGUUUGUUUCUUCUGUGUUCUUGAGGGGAGAGGAGACUGCAAUGAAGGGAAUUUCAUCAU